AUGUCGACUGCUCCAGCCCCCUCGACAAAUCGCGGAGAGAUCACCCUCCAGCCUUCCUACUUUACUUCUUCAUUAUAUGUAGAACCCCUACGUCAGGAUAUACAAACUCUGAUCUCAGUCUUCUCCGAGCAGUAUCUCCGGACUCCGCCCCCGCCCCAGCCGUUCGAACUUUUCAAACGAAUUUGGACGCAACAGGGAUGGUGCUGGAUUCACUUCAAAGUGUUCGAUGCUCGUGCGCGCGAGUCUUUCAUUGCUGUGACGGAGAGACUAUUUUUAGAGCGUGCGGUCGCAACUAAGAUUUCGUUAGCUAACAUCGUAUCGCUUUUCGCGUUAUACACAUUCUACUUAACGCAACCUUCCACCACGAACCCUGCCUUGCACAGUAUCAAGCAUAUUGGUAUUCCGAUUGAUCACCACAAGUUUCUGCUAUCUAUGCCACAUCAUAUCUCGGAAGUUGAAUUGCGUCCGCUGCGUGGUUACGUCAAUCACACCCUUAAAGUCCUUCUUGAUGCUCGAGCAUUCCAUAUUCUCCCUCAUUCUUCCUUACGCCCAUACAAUCCGUCCGUUCUGCCUCGUGAAAUCUUCAUACCAGAAGGUCAGGAAUCAGCUGUUUUUGCUGCCCUUACCGGCGUGCCAUCAAUGUCGCAGAAUUCGCGUUUACCCAAAAAGAAAGGCCGUCCUUCCAAGCGCGAAAAAAUGAAGAAAGCUAAAGAUGCCCUAAUAGCUUUGGAGAAAUACGUUGACAAGAAUACGGUACCCUUGCUGCCGGAGCCUCCCUGGCAUAUGGGAGCAGGGGGUGGUGCUAUGCUGUCUGAUUCCCAGCAGACAACUCACAUCUUGGUGGCAAACCCUCCGAUCGCUAGCCGCGACAAUUACCGUGUUCACAAAGGUCAACUGCUUGAUGAACUCGUCCCUAAAUCUCAGAUACCGAGUGCUGAGAGUUUCGCUACCUCGGAAACAAACCUGGGACAGCAGGCAGUACAGCGCGCUAAUGAAGCCGUCCUUGAACGCUUGAAAAUUAUCGAUGAGAUGGCGGCCGAAAGGGGAUUGGAGGUAGGUGGCGAAGGUGGCGAAAAGACAGGCCUCGCUCGCGUGGAGAGAGCCGUUCGGCAAAUGCACCAAAUUGGAAUGGUAGCGCAGAGAGGCGGUAUUCUGGCCUUACUGGAUGGUGCCGGUAUAGAGCUUGGACAUGACUUGCAAAAUGGGAAUGAGUGA